ACUAAAUGUUUCAUAAACAAAAUAUACUCAAAAUGACGAGAGGGAGAAAGGAGCAUUAAUGUCUGCAAGACAUGGACCUUCUUCCUCCAUACGAGAAUGGCAUCUUCACCAAAACUGGCCUCUUGUGCAGACACUCUGCUAUUGAACCGCCGCCGACCAUUCUCGGCAUCCUCGAACUCCUGCUACUCCCACCGCCUCCUGGAUCCAAUCUUCCGCCUGAACACGAAUUUCUUCAAUUACUUUCCGAUCUUCUCGCCGCCAUCAGAUUCGUGAGCGUCGGGUUCUUCUUCUUCAUCGACCGUCUCUCUACUUUCCUCAAUUUCCGUCAACCGAAGAAUCUCGGGCUCUUGAAUCAAUUCAUUUCCAGUCCAAUUUGCGGUUGUGAAGACAACGGCGGCGCGACACAGCGGGCAAUUCGUGUGCUAUCUCAGCCACGUGUCGAUGCAACAGAUGUGGAAGGCGUGGUUACACUUCGGGAGCAGCCGGAGAAUCUCGUCUUCCCGGAACGCACUCAGUCAAGCUGAGCAAUCUGUUCCGUCGACUAGCCCAUCGUCCGAUUUGUGCUUCAAGAUCGUGAUCAGAACCGCGAUUCUUCAGGGAUAUACGCUGAUUCUUCGCAUCUGACUUUCUUCGCAUCUACACCAAUCGAAACAUGCAGAUUCUUUAGGGAAUGAAAGGUUCCAUAUAAUCGGCAUCAGAGAACCGCAAUGAGAAGAUUUCGAGUGUUACUCAAUGAAUUUGGUAUAUUCAUCUGAUAAGGAAUGGAAAAGAAGUUAUUUGAAGCUGAAUUCAAAAAUAUUGCCUAGAGUUGAUAGAUUUGGAUUUUUAAGAUAAGAUCGAACAUGGUCAUUCAAAUGGUAUGGCUACAACCAAAUCAGCUUAUGAAUACCAAAGGGAUGUGAUUGAAGGGUAUAGUUUCAAAAAUUUUGAUAAGAUUCAAGGUAACUGAUAUGGUCACAGAUGCUAUUAUAUGCUAUUAUAGACUCUGCCAUGUUGACGAGGAGCAGUAUUGAACCCCAAAAUGAGAAAGCCAUUCAAGAACAAUAGAGAGGAGGUUAUGAACACGGUAAUAGUGGUUCGGUGAAGGAGGAAGAUUGUAAAAUCUUGCCAUAGAUUUCAACGGGUCGAGCAAAAAAAGGCGGUGACAAAUGGACUUGCAAAAGUUCGUCUUGAAGACAAUGGAUAAAGAAGAAUUCACCUCUUUCUUACAUAUUCCAACUCAAUAUAGAACACAAAUUUUGCAGGUCCAAACUGAUACAACACCUCCCACACUGUUCAGUAGUUGUGGGGAGGAUGCUACUUUAUUUACUCUUCCCACUUUGGUCAUUCUAAGAUGAAUUUGAUUGAAGAUUUUAUAGAAUUUGAUGAUAUUCGGCUGGAACAGAGUGUGGACGAUAUGACAAAUUUUACAAGGAAUGAAGCAAAAUACUUUCCUUCUUUGUUCCUAGAUUCGUUUCCUUCUUUGAUGCCAACACAUCAACGAACAGUAAUUUUAUUUCUUAAAAUUCAUAUUGGAUGGAGUACAUUGAUAUUAAAUUUACUAAAAUUGUAUUCCUUUCCAAUCCUGUAAUUUU